AUGUGGCUGUUGUCAAAACUCACCGUGUUUAUUGUUCGAUUCGAUCCAUUCCGCGAUCUUGGCCUUGCUGUGGGAGCAACUGACGGCCAUUGUGCUGGCGGUGCAGUAGUAAUGCGGUUUAGUGGACUUCGAGUUACAGCUAGCGGUCGAGCACGAGCGGGAAACUGUGGUGCUGCUGUAGAGAGCGCUGCCUGCAGUCAGCGUGGAAUCAAAAUUUCAUUAUUUGGUAGCUCAACAAAAUUUGGUUAG